AUGGCUCCUACCGCUCUCGCCCCAGAGACCCCCAUGUUCAACACCAAGCGUGAUGGCCAGGUUCUCGAGGAUCUCUCCGAUGCUAUCGAUACCGUCAACGUGCUGAAGGCGGAGAUGAAGCAGGAGAAGGGCCUCUACGAAGAGUCCGAGUUCGACAAGAACAAGGACAAGACCCAGUUCCGCCAGUACGAGGAUGCGUGCGACCGUGUCAAGAACUUCUACAAGGAGCAACACACCAAGCAGACCGUCGCCUACAACCUCAAGGCCCGUAACGACUUCCACUCCAAGACCCGCGCCGAGAUGACCGUCUGGGAGGCCAUCGAGAAGCUCAACACCCUCAUCGACGAGUCCGACCCCGACACCAGCCUCUCCCAGAUCGAACACCUGCUCCAGUCGGCCGAGGCCAUCCGUCGCGACGGCAAGCCUCGAUGGAUGCAGCUGACCGGCCUCAUCCACGAUCUGGGCAAGCUGCUGUAUUUCUUCGACGCCAAGGGUCAGUGGGACGUUGUCGGCGACACCUUCCCCGUGGGCUGUGCCUUUGACGACCGCAUCAUUUAUGGCAAGGAGUCCUUCAAGGAGAACCCGGACUACGACAACGAGAUCUACCGCACCGAGUUUGGGAUCUACAAUCCCGGCUGUGGCCUGGACAACAUGAUGCUGUCCUGGGGCCAUGACGAGUACCUCUACCACGUCGUCAAGGAGCAGUCCACCCUCCCCGACGAAGCCCUCGCCAUGGUCCGCUACCACUCCUUCUACCCCUGGCACUCGGCCGGCGCCUACCAUGAAUUCAUGAACGAAAAGGAUCACGAGAUGCUCAAGGCCGUCAAGGCGUUCAACCCCUACGACCUUUACAGCAAGAGCGACGAUGUUCCCUCUAUCGAGGAACUGAAGCCUUAUUACCUCGAGCUCAUCGACGAAUACUUCCCCAACCAGGUGAUCAAGUGGUAG